CGGAAGCCGGGAGCGCGCGGGCUUCCGGUCGGCGUGUGGCCUGUCGGCGGAGUGUCGCUCGUGGCCGGCGCGGCGUAGCCUCUGGUGAAUCAUGGCUAAAAGUUUACGGAGUAAGUGGAAAAGGAAAAUGCGUGCUGAGAAGAGAAAGAAGAAUGCCCCAAAGGAACUCAGCAGACUUAAAAGUAUUCUCAAAGUCAAUGGUGAUGUUUUAAUGAAAGAUGUUGAAGAAAUAGCAACUGUGAUGGCACCCAAACAUUGCCAAGAGAAAAUGGAUUGUGUGGAGAAGAAUGAAAAUGAUGACAUGAAGAUGGAGACUGAAAUUAAGAGAAACAAAAAAACUCUUUUAGACCAGCAUGGACAGUACCCAGUAUGGAUGAACCAGAGGCAGAGAAAACGGCUGAAGGCAAAGCGAGAGAAAGGAAAAGGAAAAAACAAAGCAAAAGCAGCAAAGGGUCUGGCCUGGUAGCCUCUUAUAAACUUGAAAAUGUAUCAAUGGGACAGAUGUUUGAUUAAAAUGUACACCUUGAUUUCAUAGA